GCCGGGGGAAAAAGAAACACGCCGCACAUCGUGUGAGUUGCGAGUAAUCGUGGGGAAGGAAGAGGUGGAAAAUAAUGGUAAAAAUUGCGCCAUGCCCUCUAACAAGCUGCCUGGAACCUUUUGGAAACAAGUGAAAACGUCAUUAUUUGUGUGUGGUGGUGGAGUUCUGACAUUUUUUGGAAUAUCGCUGUACCAGGGCAAUGAAAGGUUUUAUGAAAAUCAAGUCAUGCCACUGUCCAUGCGAGUAUUUGAUGCAGAAUCGGCACACAAAUUUGCAGUCAAAAUGGCCAAAUACAAACUUAUCCCACGGUCCAGGUAUCUUGACCCACAGAGUCUUAAAACUGUCGUUUGGGGUCAGCAGUUCAGUAACCCAAUUGGCUUAGCUGCAGGAUUUGACAAGGAUGGGGAUGCAGUUGAUGGACUGCUUUCUCUAGGUUUUGGAUUUGUAGAGAUUGGAAGCGUUACACCAGUUGCACAAGCAGGCAACCCCCGGCCACGUGUAUUCAGGCUCACAGAAGACAAGGCAAUUAUUAACAGAUACGGUUUUAACAGUGAAGGACAUGAGGCUGUGUACAGCAAGUUGAGAUCCAGAGAACAGUCUAGGUUUCCAGAUUCAAAAUGUCCUAGAAUGGAUGAGCAGAGAAAUAUGUUGAAUAUUAAUUUGUGGACAGAAACGGAUCCUCCAAAAAUAAAUUUGAAAAGAGAACAAGGAAUUUUAGGAAUAAAUCUAGGAAACAAUAAGCUAUCUUCAUAUCCUGUUGAUGAUUAUGUGAAAGGUGUGAAACGAUUUGGAAAAGUGGGCGACUAUCUUGUCAUCAAUGUGUCUAGUCCAAAUACACCUGGUUUACGUGCUAUGCAAGGGCGCAAGGCAUUGGGAACUUUAUUAGAUCAGGUUGUUAAAGAACGGGACAGUCUGCAUUGUGAUCCAAAGCCAGCAUUAUUAUUGAAAAUAGCCCCCGAUCUUUCAGAUCAGGAUAAGCAAGACAUAGCUGCAGUAGUGUCCAGGGAGAAGGGGGGUGUUGACGGCCUCAUAGUUACUAACACAACCACCAGUCGACCGUCUGAACUACAGAGCCUCCACAAAGAUGAGACGGGAGGUUUGAGUGGUGAGCCUCUACGUGAGAUGGCUACCAGCACAGUGCAUGACAUGUACAGACUAACCAGAGGGAAAAUACCCAUAAUUGGGGUUGGUGGCAUCAGUUCAGGGAGAGAUGCAUUUGACAAAAUAAAAGCAGGAGCCAGUUUGGUACAGAUUUAUACUGCACUAGUCUACAAGGGUCCACCUAUUGUUAACAAGAUAAAAAGGGAACUUUCAGAGAUUUUGGAAAAAGAAGGAUACUCCAGUAUUGCUGAUGCAGUUGGAGCUGAUCAUACUCCAUUAAAAUAAUUACUGAGGGAACUGAAAAAAAUCCAGUGUGAUAUUGAUAUAUGUAAUAUGAUUAUAUCAUGCAGAAAUUUUAAGUUACAUGAUCGAAUUUCAUACUUACAGAAACUAUGCAAUACAAUGAUGCAAGUGAUUUGUUUGGCUUUUUUUCAUAAAUGCAUACAUAUUAUUUUCACAAAGAAUAUUAUAUAGACUGCAUUUUAUCCUGAAAAAUUACAUGGUUAACUCUGGGUGAUCAGAAAAGUUUGCCAAAUCAACAUUUUAAACUUUAAAAAUGGCAAAACCCCAGUUAUUUUCUAAUAAAAUAACAUUUACUACAUGAAAUUUAUUCACCAAAUUAAAAUAAAAUUUGCAGUUGGCAAAUUUGGCGAGUGCCAGAGCUAGCCCUGAAUGAGCUUUAAAUAUGAUAUAAUUUUUUAUUUCAACUUUUAUUUUUAAAUAGGUAUCAGUAUUAUGGUAUAAUCAACAUAAAGGUAGGGAAUAUUUUGUUUUCAAAAUGUUGAUUAUAGUGAUGUUUGUACUCGAUUGAAAAUUGAUUAGCAACUAUGUUUAAUGUUUUAAAAUUGUGUAGCAAUCUCUAAAAUUUGUGUAGCAAAUCGUGACGCCAUAUGAAACAAAAUGUUUCCUGAAAGGUACUUGCUGGUAAAUGUAUGAGCAGACUUAUCUGCUGCUUAGAGUAGGCCUAUAUCUUCUGGACAUGGUUUCAAACUGUAUAUUGUAACUUUUUUGUUCCUGAAGCGAAUCUAAAUUUGUGAUGGGGUUGGGCAGAGCCAUGUGGUAAAGCACUCAUCUGAUGUGCAGUCAGUCUAGAAUUGAUCCCUUCCGGUGGGUCACUUAGGCUAUUUCUCAUUUCAGCCAGAGUUACACAUCUGGUGUAACAAAGGCUAUGGUAUGUACUAUCCUGUCUGUGGGAUGGUGCACAUAAAAGAUGCCUUGCUGCUAACUAAAAGAAGUAGCCCAUAUGCUAUGUCAGCAGGUUUCUUGUCAUUAGCUAUGUGGUCCAUAACCAUAUAAUAAUAAUAAAAAUGUUGUUCUUCUUUCCUCUCCAAAAUUUCUGAAAAUAUUCUUCUGAGAUGUGCUACUGCUAGACUGUUUUCUACAGUGAAAACAUUUGUGAUAUAACAUUUAUCUGUUUUACAAUGUAUAAUUGAAAAAAACUAUUCAUAUAUGAUUAGCUCCAUGAUGCAGCUGCAGUCCAAGAUUUGAUGGGGCAGCCACAGGAUUGACUAACAUCAGUGCAUACAUUAGCUAUAUAUACUGUUCCAACCAGUGCAUCAGGAUUAUAAUGUUUGUAGGCUAAAAACCCAAAUCCAAUCCCUUACAAUUAGUAUACCCUAUAAUAUGUAAAUACAGGAUGUUUCUGCUCUCAUUAAUUCCCUGCACUCGUGAAACCUUGCCGUUUAAGGGACAAUAGCUAUCACACUGACUCCUCAUCACUCAAUUGAGACACGGUUUAAAAAAAAAUUGUACUCCAAAAUGCUAGAUACGCUUGUUUUUUCAUGGCAAUUAAGGUCUGUCAUAUAUAGGAUUUUUAAAGUAGGUUUUGGAUCAUAUACAGUUUGUAAUGACUUUUAUACUGAUAUAUUUGUACAACUCUGUAGGCCUAUGGCAGAAAUAAGUUAAAGUAUCACUUUUUUGUGAUUGAAUAUUUUUGUUACUAGACAUUUCAUGUGCACAUGUACAUUUGUAGAUUUACAGUUUGAAGUAAAUGGAUUUGAAGGA